CCGACCCCGAGAACAGCUGUCUAUGAUGGGUUCCUCCUCCCUGUUAUGAGGUUGUGUUUUUUCUCUUCUUCUCUCAGUUAGCGUCGUCACUCGUUUGGCUUAUCGCUAAAAAUGUCGACCAGUCAAUAAUUACGCGUGUCAACCCGCGAACGCGUCGUGCGUAUACGUAUACGCCCGAACGGUGGCGCAAAGCAGCAGUUGUGUUGCGGCAGGCAGUGUUCCGGUGCGCUUUCCGCGUCCGACCGGGAGAUUUAAAAUCAUCGCCCCGGACAAAAUUAGUACCAAUCAUCAAGGUGUGCUACUACACCCCAUAAUAAUAGCUGAAUUUUCGAACCUCCUCGCUCGGUAGCGCAAACGAUGGCAUCGGUGUGAGGCGCAUUAGCAGCGUGUCAGCCUACCUUACUGAGCGUCUUUGAACCGAUCGACACAAUUGACGACCACAAUGGGCCUGCUGGACGAGAGUGGCAUCCUGUACGUGAUAGCGGACGUGCUGUCGAUCGUCACCAUCGCGUCCUGCCUGGUGUCGAAGGUGCCGCAGAUACAAACCGUCCGUCAGCUGCAAUCCGCCAAGGGGCUGAGCGUGAAUGGGCUGCUAAUGGAGCUGUGCAGCUACACCGUCACGAUGCUGUACAACUACACGAACGGGUACGCCUUCCUUUCCUACCUGGAGUACCCGAUACUGCUGGUGCAGGAGUACGUGCUCAUCUACUACGUGCUGCAGUAUGAGUCGCUGCUCGGCAAGCGCGCCUACCAGUGGGCUGCCGUCUAUGUGGCGGUGUUUGUUGGCUUCGCUACCGCCAUCAUACCUUCCUCGCUGCUCAUGAUGCUGGUGCCAUUUACCACACCGGUCGGGGCGACGAGCAAGGUAAUGCAGCUGAUCGCCAUCCUCCGCUCGAAGGACUCCCAAUCGGUCAGCCUGAUCACGUGGGGCAUAUCGGCGUUCACGAACUCAACUCGCAUCUACACGAUCAUGUUGGAUUCGGGCGAUAAAAUGCUGCUCGCCAACUUUGGCAUCUCGACCGUGCUCAGCAGCUCGGUGCUGCUGGCCGCGUGGUACUACAAAAAACCAAAGAAGGACUAACGCUCCUACCAUCGGCGCACGACCACGCAUCCCAAUACUCUCUUCGCGCCGCGUGCAUUGCCUUGAGAGCGCUUGUCCGCUUUCUUUUACUCAAUUAACAACACCAACCAACCAACCAACCACCACCACCCAUUACGCUUAAACUUUAAUGCACUUUUAAGUAGAAGUGACACAAAACAUCCUGCUACAAAAUCGAGUUGUGCAUUCUCUUUUGCACAUAUGACCCGAUUUGAGCGGUCGAACCUUUUGUUAAUUAAUUAUAAUUAAAACAAAAAAGCUUACCGAACAAAUAUUUUACCAAUCGGACCUGAACCUACGUGUAGCAAUUUACGAACAAUUAAAAAAAACGAACAAAGAAACUAAUAAAACAUUAUUUAAAUCGCUUUAC